GGUUUCCAGUCUUUAAUAAAAGUACUUGUCGAACAAACAGAGUUCAUGAAUACAGAGAAAUGGGUAAAAAGGAUGCUUCUUCUGCAAAAACGCCUGUUGAUCAGUACAGAAAACAAAUAGGAAAACAAGAUUAUAAGAAAACCAAGCCAAUGUUAAAAGCAGCAAGACUGAAAGCAGAGGCCAAAAAAACUGCACCAGGCAUAAAGGAAGUCAGCCUUGUCCUUGCAGCUAUAUUGGUAUUUUUAUUGGCAUGUUAUGCUUUUUUUUAUCUUAACCUUUCCGAAGAAGAUGACCUAGGUCUGGAAAAGGAUGAAAAUUAGCAGAAUUGUUUUUGAAGAUUUCUUCUAGAAAAGCAUUAUUUUUGUCUACUUCAGCCAUGAACACCUGCUCGUCAUGAAAGUGGAUAAAAUGUGAUUCAGUUCCUGCAAUUCAGAAAUUAAUAAUACACUUGAGACUAUCUCAGCCAGCCUUAUGGAUAUUAAUGAGGUUCUUCUCCUUUUCAAACUGUAGUUUAUUGGCUAAAGUUGACCUUUUUCCUCAUUUCUUUUUCAAACUGGAAAUAUUUAAUUCCAGAAAACAAUUUCCUAUAUUCAUUAGCGUUACUGUGUGGGUGAAAAGAAUUUGAUUUCCCUGGAGCCAUUUUUGAAUGAAGUCACUUCUAUUUUUAAAAGAUGGCAACAAAUACAAAUUACAAAAAUGACACAAACACAAACCAACAUAAUCUGUGAUAUCUGUAGACAUAUUUCUAUUACUUCCAGGUUGCACUAAUUGCUGUGGGAGUGAUUUGGCACAUUCUUAAUUCUCAUCUCCAGGACAAGGAGAAUUGAUAUACGUUGAAUUGUAUCUGGGCCAUACAUGGUAUUUGUUGGAUUAAGAACUGUAUAGCAUGAUUUGCUUUGUAAAUUAAACUGAUGAGCUGGGAAGUGA